AUGGCAGUCGAAGCUGCAGUAAGCCAACCUCAUACCGAGUCGGCCAGCCCCGCUGCUACCAUCACGAGCUCGAACGCGCUGGCGAAAGUCGAAACCAAUGCUUCGGCCUUGUACGACAGCAUCCCCAUGUGGCGCAAGUGCAUGAUCGUCUUCGUUACGAGCUGGGCAACGCUCGCAGCAUGUUUCUCAUCGACCUCGUUGCUGAGCGCCGGCACUGAGAUCGCAGCUGAUCUGGGGGGAACAAAGGAAGCGGUCAGUCUGUCAACAGGGGGAGUCUUGCUAGCUCUGGGAAGCAGUCCGCUGAUAUGGAGUCCGAUUGCUGCGAUUAUCGGCCGCCGGCUCACAUACAACAUCUGCCUUCUUUUUCUCUUCUGCUUCACAAUUGGCGCCGCCCUCGCUCCGAAUAUGCGCGUCUUCAUCGCCAUGCGCGUUCUCUCUGGUCUACAAGGUUGCUACUUCCACGUAGCUGGGCAGACUAUUCUCGCUGAAUACUUCCCACCCAUACAGCGCGGCACGGCUACUGGAUUCUUCCUAGCUGGGACGGUGCUUGGUCCACCUCUUGGUCCUUUGGUUGCUGGAAUUAUGAUGACAUACUCGAGCUGGAGGAGUGUAUUGUGGCUCCAAGUUGCGAUGGCGGGAUUCGCAUUUGUUCUCGCGCUUGUGUUUGUGCCGCCUAGCCGUGUCGAUAAGCCGGGCCACUUUGCACUGAACCUGAAGGGCAUGGAGGCAGUGAGGAAUUUCGACCCGCUGCCAGUCUUCCAACAGAUGAAGUAUCGACAGAUCUUCUUUACGCAUCUGAGUUGCGGCUUUCUGAGCUGGACGCAAUACUCUAUUCUCGCAUCGCCUCGGCACAUACUCGUCGAGCGCUUCGGCUUGAUAUCACCACUAUCUUCAGGCCUGUUCUACAUUGCACCUGCGACCGGUUUCCUGGUGGGAACGAUCGUAGGCGGAUGUUAUUCCGACCUCACUGUCCGCAAAUUCAUCAAGCUACGUGGGGAACGCCUGCCCCAAGAUCGCUUGAACAGCGGCAUGUGGUCUUUUUUUCUAGUUAUACCUGCAGCUUCGCUCAUAUAUGGGUGGAGUCUCCAAUAUUGCAACAUAUGUACGGCAGUCAAAGGUGGAUUGGCGUUACCGAUCGUGACGACCUUCUUAGCUGCUGCUGGGCUUCUUGCUGCGUUCGCAAGCCUGAAUACGUAUUGUGCUGAAGCGAUACCGAAGAAGAGGCAGGAGGUUAUUACUGGGAAGUACCUUAUACAAUAUACCUUCUCCGCUUGCGCGAGCGCCGGUACUGUUCCGCUGAUCGACGCCAUUGGUAUCGGACCUACGGCGACAAUAGGAGCUGUGUUAUGUGUCCUCGCCGGAUGUCUUACAUUUGUCACGGCACGACACGACGUGGGGGGUGUUGAGAAUAAGGAAGAAAAGAAGUUCGACAGCUGGUUGGAGCCGUGCAAGAGGAUAAAGCUUCUGCCUACCAACAAGGUCUUCCCAAUUGCGUAA